ACAUCUUGGUUUCCCAAUAUUGAUUAUGCUGCUGGGAUAACGUGUUACACUUCAACCAACGCCAAUCAGCAUAUUCGAUAGCAGGAAAGAAGAGGAGGCAUUGGUCACAACGUCGCCUUCAACAUCACACUCAUCACUCGGUCUCCGUCACAAGUCUGGCUCCGCCAUAACCUCCGCCAAGAUGUUUCCUUUCGAUGCGACCGCCAUGCCCACGCUACCAACGCGCAAGGGUCUGCUGGUGGUCGACUUCAAUAACGAUUUCCUGUCUGCCGACGGCGCCCUACAGGUCACAAACGGUAGCGAGCUGGUCACACGCACUCUGGAGCUGGUCAAGGCCUUUCGCAAAGUUGGCGACGUUAUCUGGGUGCGCAGCGAAUUCGAACAGUAUUGCCUUGCCUCGGCAGAACAAAUUUGGGCUACCGACAAAAUCCCAAAGCUCAAGAUUCUCGAGUCUCGCGCCAGAAGAAAGAUUGCAUCUAAGAAAGAGCCCGAAGAGAAUUUUGAUGCCGACCCGGAGGCUUUCCUCAGCCAGCCCGGCCCCAAAGUCGUCCGUUCUGGCACUCCUGGUGCCGAUUACCCCGUCGCCGUCAAGGAAGCCAUCGGCAAAAGGGAUAUCAACUUGACCAAGUCACAUUACUCAGUCUUUUCCUCCGGCCAGCUGCUGCAAAUGAUGCGCGUCAAGUUCAUCCAUGAGCUUUACAUUUGCGGAUCCCUUGCCAACAUUGGCGUCCACGCCUCAGCUAUGGACGCCGCCACGUUCGGUUACUCCAUUACUUUGGUCGAGGACUGUUGUGGGUUCCGCUCCGAAGUGCGUCAUUCCGCUUCCGUAGGGAAGCUUGUCGAUGUGACGGGCUGCGAGGUAUUGGAGAGCGAUACUGUCAUUAAGAGACUGCAGCCGAAAUCUGAGUCAAAGCCUGCCUCAUCAUCACCCGUCGUACCCAAGAGAAUCGCGGAAGCCAAUGGUGGCCAAACGCCGCCCUCGGCUGAUUCGUAUAAGAGCAAACUCGAAGAGCAAUUGGCCAAGCUUUCAAUCAACAGUUCGAACUCCUCAAAAAGCGAGCCUUCCAUAUCACGCCCACGCCAAGAAUUGGGAGGUUCAGGCUGUGCAACCGCUUCUGAUAUUUUGGAAGUUGAUGACAAUGCGGGCGCAGUACAGACAGACCAGGGCGAUGAGUCACCCGACAAAGAGAUUCACAAACGACCAAAGAGACCAACGGCAGGCAAGGGGAGUCUUGAGAUAGACAUCGACACAGAUUCGGUGUCGGAGAAAAUACCUUUAAAAAAGCAGCAACUUACCAAGACAGUCGCCGACGAGAAAGCAUCCUCCGCGUCCGACAUCGAACUCGAGCCAGACUCGAGCCCAGAGUUAAAGCCAGGGCCAGCCAAAAAGUCCGCUGCUAUGGACGACACCAUCGAGGUCGAUGACUCACCGCACGCUACCGAACCUCUUUGUGAAGGUGACACCACCGUCAUUAAUAACAUACUUCCUUCUGCCUUGGUCGAGGGCAUCUUCGAGAAGGUCAGAGACGAGGUCUCAUGGCAGAGAAUGUCCCACCAGGGCGGAGAGGUCCCUCGACUGGUCGCUGUCCAAGGCGAAGUAGCCGACGACGGCAGCAUACCAGUAUAUCGACAUCCAUCCGACGAAUCGCCCCCUCUCUUCCCCUUCACCCCUACAGUACAGAAAAUCAAGGCAGAGGUCGAAAAGGAGCUCGGACACCCGCUGAAUCACGUCUUGAUCCAGCUCUACCGCAGCGGCACCGACUACAUCUCUGAGCACAGUGACAAGACCCUGGAUAUCGUCAAGGGGUCGUACAUCGCCAACGUCAGCUUGGGUGCGGAGCGCACGAUGGUGUUUAGGACUAAGAGGCAGGACAAGGACCCGUCCAGCACCGCGAUACCGUCAGGCGAGACCUCUCUGCAGCGACAGGUUUGCCGCGCUAAGCUGCCGCAUAACUCACUCUGCCGUCUAGGCCUGGUGACGAAUGGUCGAUGGCUGCACGCCAUCCGCCAGGACAAGAGAAUGGACCGAGAUAAGACGCCUCCCGAAUUGGCUUUCGACGGGGGACGUAUCUCCCUCACUUUCAGACAGAUUGGCACCUUCUUAGAUGGAGAUAGCACCCUUAUUUGGGGUCAAGGGGCCACCAGCAAGACCAGAGAGAUGGCUCAGCCCGUCAUCAAUGGUCAGUGCCCACAGGCAGUCGCCAUGGUCCACGCCUUUGGUACGGAGAACCACUCAUCCGACUUUGACUGGGACAAGUACUACGGCAAGGGCUUCGACGUUCUCCACAUGAGCACCUCGCCGCGUCUCUCCGCUUCGGCCGACCCCGUCGUCAACAUGCGUAUCACCCUGAUGCUGGCCGAGUACGGCAUUUCGUACGCCAAAGGGAGCAUAUCGCCCUCCUUCAAUUGGAAAGACAGCAACGUCGGCGGCAAGAACACAGCGGCUGUUCCCGCAUCACUGCCGAUCCGUUUCGUCGACAAUGACGUAGCCAAGUCAACAGUUCAGGGUGAGCUAGCCAUCAUGCUCUACCUGUAUUCAGUACAUGGAUCAGGAAAGGAGGGAGCGUCAGAUAGACCGCAGCCCGAUAUCGCAAAAGCCUUCACCCGUUUCCAGGAUGGCCUCGCGCUCCUGGACAAGUGGCGAGGGCUCGAGAAGGACAACGAAUCAGGGAAGCGCGACCUCGCUCCCUUGAAGCGAGAGCUCGCCAUUUGGGAGGGAUACGCAGGCGAAGCCGACUUCAUUGCAGGCUCGAGUAUGUCGUUGGCCGAUUUCGCCGUAUGGCCAGUGUUUCCACCAAGUCUGCCACAAAGGUCCUUGAUGGAAACCAACCUGAUACCACAGAGGCUGUAUCGGUGGACCAAAAGACUGGAGGUGUGGCCGAGACAUCGCCACCGAGUAAGAGUCUUUCAGGCAAGGAGUCACAGAAAGACUGAGCUACAAAGGCGGGAGCAGGGACAUAGGGGGCGAAGCGUUUAGAUAGCGGACCCCGCAUGUCUUCAUAACUUGGAAUAGUUCAAUGUAGACCUCUCAGCCAUGCAUUAUACUUCUUUCCCUAAAGCCUUGACUUUCUUUGUCCAGAACGAAUUUGUUAGCGUGGAUAUAUAACUUCACUAACUGUCACAGUCAUAUGUGAAUAAAACACGUAUACAAGACCGUAUUUGCCUACAGCUGCAAUUUUCAUUUCCACCAUCUCGUUGAGGAUGGUCGAGUUUUGUCAACGCUAGUUGGUCUGUAAGUUCCCCCAAAACGAUGUAUACGCAGUUUGGAGGACUGGGUAAUC